GGUUAGUUUGGAGGGGGGAGGGGAGAGGAGGAGGGAGGGAGAGACGCAACUUGAACGGACCAGCAGAUGGCGCCGAGUGUGCCUAGCACAUUGGUAGCGGCUGGGACGUCGGGGAGAGCCAUGGUGAUGGUGAGGUAAGAAGCGGUAACUAAAUGCUUAUAUUAUAUCCUCCAUGUCGUCGUUGUCGGGCGUGGAAAAUCGAUGGUAAAGGUAUCUAUCGGAGAUGGGGGUUUGAUGUAAUUCUGGAUUCACGUGACUUGAUAUUGAUAGUAGUGUUUCCGGGUUGGGUUUGUGGUUGUAAGUAUAUAUGUUUUGCUACUAUGUUUAUUAUAUGUGACCUAUCUCAUAUAGUUGGAUAAAUCCAUAGAGCGGAGUCCUUUGUGGCAUGUCCUGUCCCAAAAUAGACUUGAGC